GGAGAAAUUGACCAACUUAUGGACUUGGAAAUUGAUCCCUCCAAGAUCAUUUAUGCAAAUCCCGUCAAAUUCCGAUCGCACAUAAGACAUGCUGCGUCCGUCGGCGUCCACCUGAUGACGUUUGAUUGUUACAAAGAGUUGUUGAAGAUUAGUGAGUGUGAUCCGGAAGCAAGGCUUGUCGUGAGGAUCCGGCCAGUUUGUGAAUCAAACGUUUACGAGUCACUUGGUAACAAGUUUGGUUGUAGUGUUGAGGAAGCUUGUCGUCUGGUGCGGAAGGCACGUGACCUUAAGUUGACUGUAGAGGGAGUAUCAUUUCAUGUUGGUUAUGCAUGUACGGAUCCCACGUGCUUUACAUAUGCAAUUGAAGCGGCAAGUCGAGUCUUCACCGAAGUUUCGAGAAUUGGAGUGAAGAUGACUUUGUUAGAUAUCGGCGGAGGUUAUCCGGGGUCAACUGUGACUAAGGAUAUUUUGAGAGAU